GACCUUUAGUACUUUGACCUUUCAACUCCCAGAGGGUGUGACGGCAUUUUACUUCCGCCUUUCACAGAAUCACUGAUUCAGAAGUUUUCGGUUUUCCUGUUUUCAGCUGAUCAGUUUUUUGUCCAAAAGUCAUGUCGAAGCCAUCUAGGCCCGCUCCUCCACCACCAAGACUUGCUCCCAAACCAGGUCUGGUAAAGGUGUUCAAAGCAUUGUACCCAUACAGAGCUCAGCAGGCUGACGAGCUGAGUUUUGAGGAGGGAGAUGUGCUGUAUGUCAAUGAUAUGUCUGACUCUGGCUGGUGGAAGGCUACAUGUGAAGGGAGGUCGGGGCUCAUUCCCAGUAACUAUGUUGAAGAGGGAAUGGAGUCAGUUGAUAACCCCAUGCAUGAGGCUGCCAAAAGAGGAAACAUGACCUUCCUGAAGGAGUGUCUGGCUAACAGGGUGGCAGUGAAUGGCUUGGACAAGGCAGGAUGUACAGCACUACACUGGGCAGCACAUGGCGGGCAUACAGAAUGUGUACAAGAGUUGCUGAAAGUACCCAGUAUAAGGAUUGACCAGCAGAAUAAGAUAGGGGACACAGCACUUCACAAUGCAGCCUGGAAGGGCCAUGCAGAUGUGGUGGAGCUGCUGUUAAACAGAGGUGCAAGACCAGACCUGCGGAACCAAGACAACAAGUUGGCAAGUGAGCUAGCCACUGAGCCGCAGACUGCUGCUAUCCUGAAGAGAAGAACAGGAGGAGCCCCUGCUGACUACAACAACGACUAUGGGAAUGAGGAGGACUCGGACUGAUGACACACCAUUGUAGGUCAUUGUGGCCUACAUCAUGGGCAAACAAUACUGUCAAUGUACUUCAAACUGACAAGUACCUUUUAGUACCAAUGUUAGCAUCCAUGCCUGGGAUAAUUGACACAAUACAAUGAUCAAAUUUUAUGAACGGCAUGGUGUGGAUGUUGUAAUCAAAAGUGAUUUUAGAAGCUGCCUUGAUGGAGAUUUGGAUAAGGUUUGAUUCAUGAAUUGACAUUUUCACUUAUCCUAUUGCCUGUUGGGAGAGGUUGGGCACUGUGGGCAAUGCGGGAAACUAACACUAUUGUUACCAUGACAAGAUAGACAGGACUGGAUACAGUACGUAUACCUCAUGCAUGUUGUCAUGGUAAAGAUAUUGUUCUCCCUCU